AUGGAGCACUCUUUCCAGCGCCCGCUGUUCCGCCAUUACUACAAGGGCACUGACGCUGUUGUCAUGGUGAUAGAUGGUGCGGACUCCGAGCGUCUGGAGGAGCUAUACUGUGACGUCAUCAAGCCUGCUCUGCACGCGGAGGAGCUUGCACACAGCAUCUUCCUGUUCCUGGUUAAUAAACGAGACCUUCCCGAGUGUCUGAGUGCUGAGGAGGUUGCUGACAAGUUGAACUUGAAGGCGUUGAAACAUUCCUGGCAUAUCCUGGAAACCAGCGCCGUUCGAGGAGACGGACUUACUGACAGUAUGGACUGGCUCGCAUCUCAUCUGGGCCCCACUUCCGGACAGGGUCACCGGAAACAGCAAUCUCCACAGGGAUCCCAUGACGCCAUUCCUAAUGACGUCAAACGAAAAAGUGACCUCACCUGUGAUUAA